AUGAGCUCUACUACUACCAAUGAGAAUGAAAUUUGGCCUCCCGCAAACUUUACAGAGUGGCCCUCGACACGGAUUGGUGCUUUGAUCAUCGAUGGGAUUAUCUUGCUGUUGGCCAUCAUUCCGGUGACUCGCCGUGUCAUCUUUUUGAAUGCGUGGGACUGCUGCUGCUGUUGCCCCGCAGUAAUCAAAGCCGUGGUGUUGGGAGGUUUGAUUGGAAUGUUUCUGCAUUUUAUCCCCUGCAUCUGGUGGACUUGUGAUUGGGGAGAAUACGAUGGUCAGGCGGUUCGAGGCGGUAUUUGGUUUAUUGGAGGACCCAUUAUUGCCGCAUUUAUACUCUGCUAUGAAUGCAACCGAAGCAAGGGAGAUGAGGGGGGUGACAACAAUGGGCCGGCAGAUAUCGCAUAA